AUUUCAGCUUUGGCUAGCCACCAUACCUUCCUAUCUAAUCUAAUAUUUUCUUUUUUAUCUUCAAAUUUGGUUAACUAAUACUAUAUAUGUGCAUGCGGUGCACGUUAGAACGAGGUGCUGGUCCCCGUCAUCAGCUAUCAACCAAUAGCAUUUACAUUUUGAUCUAUAUCUUGCACUUAUUUCGUCAUUCAUUUUUAAAAAAUAACAAUUUAUGUUUGUGGUUGUGGAUCUUCUGGGUUUGGUUUACUUUCUAGUAAAAGAAGUGUUUUGGGUGAAGAACUAGGAACUGGAUUCCUUUCACAGUUGAAUUCUUCCCAGCACCACGCAUUUCCAUUGAAGAACAGAAGAGGGGGCAUGGACGACGAUGACGAUGAUAGUAAGAGGCCAAUGAAUAGCAAUGCCGGUAAAAUGAAGACUAAGCUGAACAAGAAAGAGAGCAAUGAUGAUGAUAAUGGUAGUGGUGCAAACAGGAGAGGCCGAGGUGGUGGUGCAGUCAUGGAAGGGUCGAGGUGCAGUCGAGUUAAUGGAAGGGGAUGGAGAUGUAGCCAACAAACACUCGUCGGUUACUCCCUUUGCGAGCAUCAUUUAGGUAAAGGUAGGCUUAGGAGCAUUACCACCGUUCAAACCCGAGGCAAGGAGGAGCGACAUGCUGAUCGUCGAGCUCAAAUAUUGUCGAAUUCUUUGUCUUCGUCUUCUUUAGGAAAGCAGACAAAGGGUGAGACUGGAGAGGAUGGGAAGCCAUUGAUGAUGAGAAUGAAGCUUGGUAUGGUUAAAGCUCGAUCGAUAAGCAGUUUGCUGGGCCAAGGCCAAUGAAGACCACUAUCAUUUGAGUGUGUAAAGGUUUG